GGGCUAUGAAAAAAUCUGAUUUUGUUGAAAUGGGUGAGGAAGUGCUAAGCUGCGUAGAUCACAUUUCCUUCUCUUGCUUUCAGAUAAUAUGUGGGAGACUGUGGACUCCAUGCUUCCAACAUAGGAACAGGACCAGGUUGGGAAGCUGCACUUCUGAGAGAAUGCUGGGAAUUUGCAGAGGGCGACGGAAAUUCCUGGCUGCCUCUCUAACUCUGCUUUUCGUUCCUGCUAUAACCUGGAUUUACCUGUUUGCUGGGAGCUUUGAAGAUGGAAAGCCAGUGUCACUGUCUCCAAUUGAAUCCCAGCCCCAUAGCCCUCAUUACACAGCUACAAGUCAACGUGAAAGAGAAAGCCUGGAGGUCCGCAUGCGGGAAGUGGAAGAGGAAAAUCGUGCACUACGCAAGCAGCUCAGUCUGGUCCAGAGCCGGGGACUGUCCCAUCGCCGAGGGAAUCACUCAAAAACCUACUCCAUGGAGGAAGGGACGGGGGACAGUGAGAGCCUCCGGGCUGGCAUUGUGGCAGGGAACAGCUCUGAAUGUGGACAGCAGCCAGCAGUGGAGAAGUGUGAGACAAUCCACGUCGCCAUUGUAUGUGCUGGAUACAAUGCCAGUCGGGAUGUUGUCACACUCGUCAAAUCAGUCUUGUUCCAUAGGCGGAACCCUCUUCACUUCCAUCUCAUUGCAGAUGCCAUUGCCAAACAGAUCCUGGCAACCCUUUUCCAGACGUGGAUGGUCCCUGCAGUGCGCAUAAACUUCUAUGAUGCUGAUGAGCUGAAGUCUGAAGUGUCCUGGAUACCCAACAAACACUAUUCUGGCAUAUAUGGACUGAUGAAGCUGGUUCUCACAAAGACACUCCCCGCCAAUCUUGAACGAGUCAUUGUCCUUGAUACAGACAUUACCUUUGCUACAGAUAUUGCUGAGCUUUGGGCUGUCUUUCACAAGUUCAGAGGUCAACAGGUUCUUGGUUUGGUAGAGAACCAGAGUGACUGGUACCUAGGAAACCUCUGGAAGAAUCACCGUCCCUGGCCAGCUCUUGGAAGAGGUUACAAUACAGGAGUUAUUCUGUUACUUCUGGAUAAAUUGCGCAAGAUGAAAUGGGAGCAGAUGUGGAGACUCACAGCUGAAAGAGAGCUAAUGAGCAUGCUCUCCACCUCAUUGGCUGACCAGGAUAUUUUCAAUGCGGUCAUCAAACAGAAUCCCUUUCUUGUCUAUCAGCUUCCCUGUUUCUGGAAUGUGCAAUUGUCAGACCAUACCCGCUCUGAACAAUGCUACCGGGAUGUUUCUGAUCUUAAGGUGAUACAUUGGAACUCACCCAAAAAGUUGAGAGUAAAGAACAAGCAUGUGGAGUUUUUCCGCAACCUCUAUCUGACAUUCCUAGAAUAUGAUGGGAACUUGCUGAGGCGAGAGCUUUUUGGAUGUCCCAGUGAAGCUGAUGUCAACAAUGAAAAUCUACAGAAACAACUAUCUGAGCUAGAUGAAGAUGAUUUGUGUUACGAGUUCCGACGGGAGCGUUUCACUGUCCACCGGACUCACCUAUAUUUUCUACACUAUGAGUAUGAGUUUGCUUCAGAUAACACUGAUGUGACACUGGUGGCACAGCUCUCUAUGGACAGACUGCAGAUGCUUGAAGCCAUUUGUAAACACUGGGAGGGGCCAAUCAGUUUGGCACUCUAUCUUUCUGAUGCAGAGGCCCAACAGUUUCUGCGCUACGCUCAAGGUUCGGAGGUCCUUAUGAGCCGACACAAUGUUGGAUAUCACAUAGUGUAUAAAGAGGGACAAUUCUAUCCUGUGAAUCUCCUGCGGAAUGUGGCUAUGAAACACAUCAGCACUCCAUACAUGUUUCUGUCUGAUAUUGACUUCUUGCCUAUGUAUGGACUCUAUGAGUACCUCAGGAAAUCUGUUGGCCAACUGGACUUAGCCAAUACAAGAAAAGCUCUAAUUAUACCUGCUUUUGAAACUCUCCGUUAUCGCCUCUCUUUUCCAAAGUCAAAGGCAGAGCUGUUAUCUAUGUUGGACAUGGGAACACUCUUCACUUUCAGGUAUCAUGUAUGGACAAAAGGGCAUGCACCAACCAACUUUGCCAAGUGGCGAACAGCCACCACACCAUAUCGAGUUGAAUGGGAAGCAGAUUUUGAGCCAUAUGUUGUGGUAAGGCAGGAUUGUCCAGAAUAUGACCGAAGGUUUGUUGGAUUUGGUUGGAAUAAAGUUGCACACAUUAUGGAAUUGGAUGCACAGGAAUAUGAAUUCACAGUGCUCCCCAAUGCCUACAUGAUCCACAUGCCACAUGCGCCCAGCUUCGACAUCACCAAAUUCCGUUCCAACAAGCAGUACCGUAUUUGUCUCAAGACCCUCAAAGAAGAGUUCCAGCAGGAUAUGUCACGCCGUUAUGGCUUUGCCGCAUUGAAAUAUCUCACGGCUGAGAACAACAGCUAGCACCACCAGACUCUUACUGGAAAGCAAACUGAAAAGAGGAGCCGUUUCAUGUGUGUGGACCCCGUUCUUAAAUUGUGGGACACCUUUGGUUGUUUUUGGUUUUGUUUUGUUUUUAAACCACAUCAAACAGUUCUAACAGUAGAGAUUUGGAACAAGAUGUCUCUGGACGUUGCUCAAAAGCACCACACAUCCACCACCCACGAAACUUUGGUUUGAUUGACCAAGAGGUGGAUACAAAAUGUAUGGGGGUGGGAGGGACAGCACUACCCACAUCUGUUGGCAGCAUACAGGGUGGCAGUAACUCUGUAAAGCAGAUCUUUAUUCUUAAAAUUGCACACAGAUCUUCUUUGGAAUAUAGGCUUUCAUGUUACUAUUUAAUAAUGCCACAGUUUUUUAAAAAAAGAAAUGUAAAGGAAGAUCUUCAGAUUACUAUCCUGUGAAUUAAACGAACAAAAAAAGCCCCAACUUCUUAUUAAAGGAAUUUGCCUAUGUCAAACAGCUUUCGUCUAGCCACAGAGAACACCAUAAAACAAGCUGAACCAGACUUCCCCUGUCAGAUGAAUGGGAAUUAUAUCCAACCAAUGGGAUUUGUGAUAUAUUAUAUUCUGAAUAUUCACAGCAUUAUGUAUGCACUUCUGUGGCAUCACUCAGUCAUUGCUCUUAUGCUGCAAGAUGGACUCUUCUCCAACUCCCCACCACUAUCACAUGCUCUGUUCAUAUCCUUUUUUUAAAAAACCCAAAUUUCAUCCUUUCACACCUCAUAUGUAUUCCCAUAUCUAGCCAUUCCCCCAAGAAGAUCUGUGCUUUUACUGAUCUGGGAAGAUACCUAUCACUUUCAAUUUUGCUUCCACUUUAUAGGGUUUUUUCAAAGUAUUUCUUUGCAACACAGGUCAAAUUGGAAUCUAAGCUAUUGGGAAGGAAGUAUUAAUAUUUAAUUAAUUAAUAAACUCAGGUGGUUGGGGAAAAUCAGUCCAAUAGCAAUUCCACUGCACAUUCAUUUGGUGUAAGUGGACAUCAUCACUAAGCAAGAGGACUGAACCACAGAAGUACAGACUUUGGGAAACUAAUUCAGUCAAGUGUUGUUAAACUAAAACAAAAAGAAAUGUUCUAUUGGUGGGGGAGGAAAGUAUGGGAAAAUCUUGAUGGUUUUUGCUUGGAAGUGAAUCAAUUCAAUUCACUCCCAUUAUUGUAUGUGGAAGUAUGGGUGAGAAUCUUGAACAAGGAACAUUAACACAUAGACGUGCAACCCAACACUGGAUAUUUUAUUUUUUUUUAAUUAUUUCUUCAGUAUUAAUGUUGUGUUUACAUGGAUGGAGGAGAUGAAGUUUAAUGCACUACCCUUAUUUGGGGCUAUUUGUAUUUGGUUGCAAUGUUAUUCAGAGAGCAGAAUUUGAAUAAAUCAGAAUUAUGUCUC